AGGAAUUAAAAAAAAUAAAUACAUAUUUAGUCAAGUUUGCAAGUGCUGUGCUGUGCUCGGUGGUUUUAUGGAACAUUCAGCUCUUUUUGCCAAGCGUGCGCGGUUAUUGCUACCUAUUUAUGACGACUGUGAGUUUUUCCCCAGCCUGUGCAAGUGCUUAAGUGUGUGUGCGUGCGUGAGUUUUUGAGAUUUACUGAUGGCUGAAAAUGUUUAAUUAGCAACGUAAAGCGAAUAAAAUGCAUACACUAACUUGAUACAGUCGAUAUACAUGAAGGAAGUUCAUCGAAAAAUAGACGAGCGUAAUAAUUUUACACUGAAAUCAGAUUAAAGCGAUGUCCGCCAAAAGCGAGGCGGACAAUACAACGGCCGCCAGCUCCGGCGGCGGUGGCAACAGUAGCAGCAGUGGCGGCGGCGGCGUCGGUGGAACGGGCAACACAUCCUCCUCGAAUGGAACCGCCACACCGGCUCGUCGUCUUCGCACACGCAACUCCACGGGCAAUGGUCCGGCGAGCGGCAGUGAAUCCGGCAAGAAAUCCAAUCCAAUCGAUGAACCCUCAACUCCAGCUGCUGCUUCUUCGGCCGCCAGUGGCCAUGGCCCAUCACCGGCUGCGGCAUCGGAGCGUCCCAUGCCGAGCGUUCCCAUGAAUCAUGCCAGCAGCAGUGUAUCGGCGAGCAGGAAGUACCACAACAGUUGUCCCCAUCCCACGCCCACAGUGCACAAGAAGACGGUGCACACGCAGCCGCACAGCACCAAUAAGUUUGAUCAGGGCAAGAACGAGGAGUUCCACUUUGAUACGCCGCCCGAGUGCCCCGUGUUUCGGCCCACGGUUGAGGAAUUCAAGAAUCCGCUGGCCUACAUCAGCAAAAUUCGUUCGAUAGCAGAGAAAUGUGGCAUUGCCAAGAUCCAGCCGCCGUCGACAUGGUCGCCACCGUUUGCCGUGGAUGUGGACAAGCUGCGUUUUGUGCCGCGUGUCCAGCGGCUGAACGAGCUGGAGGCCAAGACCAGGGUCAAGCUUAAUUUCCUGGAUCAAAUCGCAAAGUUUUGGGAGCUGCAAGGCUCCUCCCUCAAGAUCCCGAUGGUCGAGCGCAAGGCCCUCGACCUGUACACCCUCCAUCGCAUUGUCCACGAGGAGGGUGGCAUGGAGCAGACCACCAAGGAUCGCAAGUGGGCAAAGGUGGCCAAUCGUAUGCAAUAUCCAUCCAGCAAGAGUGUUGGAGCCACCCUCAAGAGCCACUACGAGCGCAUUCUCCAUCCCUUCGAAGUGUAUACCUCGGGCAAGGUUCUGGGCCCUGCUGCAGCCGCUGCCGCAGCAACAGGCAGCGGCACACCCACUCCCGUGAAGCUCGAAGAUGGGGGCACCGAGUACAAGGCCCACGAGAUAGCCACCCGUCAGCAGAUCGCGCCGCCCAACGAGACGAACACACGCCGCUCCAAGCGUUUUGGCAACUCUACUGCCAGCUGCGGCUUAACAGGCGCCGCAUCCGGUGGCAAGGAUGGGUGUCCGGGUGGUGUGGUCAUCAAAACAGAGACAAAGGAGGAUUUCAAACGCGAUCUUCUGAGCAGUUUCAAUGCCGUGCAAGGCAGUGGCACUCCUGUUGCUGGCGGCACUCCGGCUGGCCGCGGCGGCGCCAAGAAGACCAACAACGAACCAACGCCGGCAGCACCGCCACUCAUUGAUCCACUGAUGAAGUACAUUUGCCACAUCUGCAAUCGCGGAGAUGUGGAAGAGUCGAUGCUUCUGUGCGAUGGCUGCGACGACAGCUACCACACGUUCUGUCUGCUGCCGCCCUUGACCAGCAUACCCAAAGGUGAAUGGCUUUGUCCGCGCUGUGUCGUUGAGGAGGUGAGCAAGCCCCAGGAGGCCUUUGGCUUUGAGCAGGCCGAAAGGGAGUACACGCUGCAGCAGUUUGGCCAGAUGGCGGAUCAGUUCAAGCAGGAGUACUUCCGCAAGCCAGUGCAUUUGGUGCCCACCGAGUCGGUGGAGCGUGAAUUCUGGCGCAUUGUCUCCUCGAUCGAUGAGGAUGUGACCGUCGAGUAUGGCGCCGAUUUGCAUACAAUGGAUCACGGUUCGGGUUUCCCCACCAAGAGCUCGCUGUAUUUGUUGCCGGGGGAUCAGGAGUAUGCCGAGUCCAGCUGGAAUCUGAACAAUCUGCCGCUGCUCGAGGAUUCUAUUUUGGGGCACAUCAAUGCUGAUAUUAGUGGCAUGAAUGCCCCCUGGAUGUAUGUGGGCAUGUGCUUUGCCGCCUUCUGCUGGCACAACGAGGACCACUGGAGUUAUUCCAUCAAUUAUUUGCACUGGGGCGAGCCGAAGACCUGGUACGGCGUGCCCGGCUCUUGUGCCGAACAAUUUGAGGAGACCAUGAAGCGGGCAGCCCCCGAGCUGUUCUCCUCCCAGCCCGAUCUGCUCCACCAGCUGGUGACGAUCAUGAACCCGAAUAUAUUGAUGAACAACAGGGUGCCGGUCUUUCGCACCGAUCAGCAUGCCGGCGAGUUUGUCAUCACCUUUCCGCGGGCCUAUCAUGCGGGCUUCAAUCAGGGCUAUAACUUUGCCGAGGCGGUUAAUUUUGCGCCCGCCGAUUGGCUAAAGAUGGGCCGUGAAUGUGUCAAUCAUUAUUCCAUGCUGCGUCGCUUCUGUGUCUUCUCCCACGACGAGCUGGUGUGCAAAAUGGCCUUGGAGCCGGCCAAACUGACGUUCGGGAUAGCCACCGCCUGUUACAUCGACAUGGCCGAAAUGGUGGACACCGAAAAGAAGCUGCGCAAGUCCCUACUGGAGUGGGGCGUAACGCGUGCCGAGCGUCGCGCUUUCGAGCUGGUUAACGAUGACGAGCGGCACUGUCAGGAGUGCAACACCACGUGUUUCCUUUCGGCAGUGGCCUGCGAGUGCAACGACAAGCUGAUUGUUUGUCUGCGCCACUACACCGUCCUCUGUGGCUGUGCCCCGGAGAAGCAUACACUCAUCUAUCGCUACACCCUCGAUGAGAUGCCACUGAUGCUGCAAAAACUAAAAGUCAAGGCGCACAGCUUUGAGCGUUGGCUGUCGCGUUGCCGGGACAUUGUGGAUGCGCACACACCCACCUCGGUGACACUCACCGAGCUCCAGGAUCUGUGCAAGGAGGCGGAGACCAAAAAGUUUCCAUCUUCGUUGCUGAUUGAUCGCCUGAAUGCAGCGGCCAUCGAAGCAGAGAAAUGCGUCACAGUCAUCCAGCAACUGGGCAUCAAUAAGGUACGCACUCGGUCGGAUCACAACCAGGAAGCAGCCCAAUACAAGCUGACUAUGGAAGAGCUCGAGCUGUUUGUCCAGGAAAUUGAUAAUCUGUGCUGCAUCAUCGACGAGGGGACCUCGGUGCGGGAGCUGCUCGUUUUGGGCAAGCAAUUUGUGGACCGUGCGGAGGCGCAGCUGCAGCUAACGCUGGAAGCGCUCGAGGAGAACGAACUGGAGACUCUGAUCAGUGAGGGCAGCUCCCUGAGGAUUGAAUUGCAGCAGCUGGAUCUCCUCCAGAAGCGUCUGAAACAGUGCAAGUGGUACAAACGCUCGCAGGGAUUGAGGGAGACCAGCUCCAAGCUGACGUAUCAGGAUGUAAAGAACCUCCUGCAUAUGGCAGCGGCAGAUUUGGAUCCCACAGAUCCCUAUGUGGACAAGGAGAUGCGCAAGCUGCAGCAGAUCGGGGCGGACAUAGAAUCGUGGGAAUCGCAGGCGGCCAAGUACUUCCGCAGAUUAACGCAACAGCACGAACUGGCGGAAAUUGAGCAGUUCUUAAAGUCCGCUAGCGAGAUUAGCGGCCAGGUUCCAUCCCACAGUCUGCUGAAGGACGCCCUGCGCAAAGCGAGGGAGUGGCUGCGGGCCGUGGAACAGCUACAGCAGAACAAUCAUGUCACCUACUGUCACACGCUGGAGAAUAUGAUUGAGCGGGGGCUGAAUAUACCCAUCCAGUUGGAGGAGCUCAGCCGCAUGCAGGGCCAUCUGUACAGCGCCAAUCAGUGGAAGGAUAAUACUGCGUGCGCAUUUCUGAAGAAGGGCACCUUCUAUACGUUGCUCGAGGUGCUGAUGCCUCGGUCGGAUGCCAUCAACAUUGACUCGGAUCUCAAGCCGCGCUUCCAGGAUGACUUUCUGAAGGAGAAGAAUCCGGCGGAGAUUGUCGACAGUUUCAAGCAUGCCGAGGAGCAGGAGCUGCUUGAUAUGCGCGACCUGCGGCGACAGAACAUGACCAAGAACCCCCUGCGGGACAUGUUCUGUCUGUGCAAAGCCGAGUUCCGUGGCCUCAUGUACAAUUGUCAGUUGUGCCGCGAUUGGUUCCACGAGGACUGUGUGCCACCGCCACCGUCGGCAUCGAGUCAGAACGGCUUGCUGAAUGGAGGAGGAGGAGGAGGUGGAGGCGCCGGAAUGGUGCCGCCCACGAAUCGGCCCAAGUGGCUGUGCCCCAGCUGUGUGCGCUCGAAGCGGCCACGCCUGGAGACCAUCCUUCCACUGCUCGUCCAGCUGCAGCAGUUGCCUAUCCGUCUGCCAGAGGAUGAGGCUUUGCGUUGUUUGGCGGAGCGUGCCAUGAACUGGCAGGACAGGGCCCGCAAGGCGCUCAGCAGCCCCGAUGUGAGUGCGGCCCAGGAGGCGAUCCUUGCUCAACAGCAAAAGCGUCGCUCGGAGGGUGGUGGCAUCGGUGGAGGUGUUGUGGGCAACAUCAACAGUCCGCGCAAGCCCCGUCGUCGUGGCAGCAUGGCCAAGGAGGCCAGCGGGUCCACAGAGUCGGAUGCCGAUGAUGAUGACGAUGAUGACGAGUGCCGUCUACGGAUCGUCGAGGACGGCUUUAGUAACGAUGAGGAUGAGCUGCCCCGCCCUGCAACGAACACCGAAUCAAAUACCGAUCUCCUCAAGCUGCUGUCCGAUAGCGAAAUUGAGAAUCUACUAGAUCUAAUGAUGGAGGGGGAUCUCCUCGAGGUCUCACUCGACGAGACGCUCGAGCUGUGGCGCAUACUGGAGACCAUGCCGCCGACAAUGCUGCAAGCGGAAGCCAAUAGCCGUGUGGCGCAGUACUUGCAGCGCCAGCGACAGCAACCGACAUCUCUGCCGCCCACAUCCUCCAGCAUUCACUCCGGCGCCGAGGACUCCAACGACAGCCUCCUGGUACAGAACAGUCCCAACAGCAACAGCAAUAAUAGCAGCACGACGGCAACAAACACUCCCAACAACGGACGCAACAAGAAGAGGCGUUCGAAUGAUGCCAGCGGCAAUGCGGCUGUACCUCGAAAGAAACAGAACACGCCCAAGCAGACGCCCAGCAAGAAGAACGCAGGCGGAGGAGCGGCUGCCAAUCGUAAGAGUGACGCCAAGACGACGCCCGCAGCAGCGGCGGCGGCAACGACACCUGGAGCGGAUGCCGAUGCAGAAAAUAAGCAGGCGAAUGGCGGCAAUACCAACUCAAAUAUAUCGCCCAUUGCGGCUGGAGUAGGCAGCGGUUCGACCACACCCACGCCCACAGCCACGCCUGGUUCGGCGCACAAGAAACGUAAGCGCACUUCCACCAAUAACAACAGUAGCAACAACAACAACAACAACAAUAGCAACAGCAGCAACACCAACAACACCAAUAGCAACACCAACAACAACAGCACGAGCACUCCUAGUGGAACACAGGCAACGACACCGACAGCAACCCCAACGGGUGGUGGCGGUGGAGGUGGCGGUCAGAAGAAGCACGCCCAGCGCAACCAACAGGCAGCGCAGGAGGAUGACGAGGAGGAAUGCAGGGCGGAGAACUGCCACAAGCCGACGGGACGGGAGGUGGACUGGGUGCAGUGCGACGGGGGGUGCAACGAGUGGUUUCACAUGUACUGUGUGGGUCUCAAUCGCAGCCAGAUCAAGGCCGACGACGAUUACAUUUGUAUACGCUGCACGAAGACCGUCACCGUGGCGGUGAGCAGUAGUAGUAGUAGUAAUCAUGGAAUGGGAGCGACAACGACGACGAUGGCGACGACGGGCAAGCAGCGGGCAGUGCAAUCGGCGCGGUAGAGAGAGGAUCAUCUAGAUGAUAGAAAAAGGAAGAUAUUGGAUUUGCAAGCAACAGCCGUUUUGUGUUUUACGCAUGAUUUAAUGAGAAAGAACUAGUACUACUACUACUACUACUACUACAAUACACUACACACACCCCAUUUACUAAGUUUAGUAAAAGUCACUUGAAAUGAGAUAGUUUUUGUAGUACAUAUUUACUAAUUAUUGCUAUAAUUAGGCAUCCGAAAACGUAAAACACACAUCCACACACACACACACAACAAAGAGAAACAAUUGCAGAAACCCACGAAAAAAGAUAACAAGAAAACAAACAUUUAUAAUUACAAGAAUUAAAAUGUAAGCGAAAGUACACACACACACACACCAACACCAACACCAACAUACACUCUUGUAAAAUGCAGAAUCGCGAUUUUGUUUUUGUAUAAUCGAGACCCAUUUUUUCACGUUCGUUAAACGUUCUAUUAAUAUUAAUAUUAUUAUUUUUAUGAUAUGAUAUGAUACCAUUACCUGCUAUUCAUAGUUUUUGUUAAUUUAAUUUCACUUUUUUGUGUUCGCCUUUGAAUUUUUGUGUACAAUGCGCGCGCCGUUGAGUUUUUUAAUUUAAAUAUUAUCAUUAU